UGUAGUAUGCGUGUUUUAUUUUUUACAUCGCUGUUGACACAGAAGGCGUAGUGUGCUUUAUGGUAUUUGUAGUUUUAUAAAGAAUAACAUUUUUAAAUGCAUAGCAGUGUAAUUUUAGGAAAUUGAAAUAUUUAAUGUAACGGUCUCAGAGAUUAGGCUACGUGUGAUGUGUCAAUGACUUUAUGGAAAUUAAUUUGGUCGGCCUGCAGUGAUCUAGUUUUGGUCUUGCCUAGGGACUUCAAAUCCCAGAAUGCAAUGUUUAUCAAACGCUAGCCCGACCCCUUUAAACAGCUGGAUACAGUGAGGAGAUGAACAAACCUUUAGCGGAAGGUAAAUAAAUCGAUUAAAAUAGAAGGGGCAUUCGUGUUGUGUGUUUAUCUAAAAACAAAAGUAUUGUGCCUGGGGUUUUUAUUUCAUAUUGAAUCCAUUUCGUGUAGUAUUGUUUAUUAAACGUAUGAUGCAGCAAGUCAUAUUAAUGUGUGUGUGUGCGAACAAGAGCAUUUAGAAAUCAAUAAAUACACAGACCUGGAUUAUAUAAUGGAACGAAGAAGUGUUGCAUGUUUAAAAUACAGAGCAACGACUUAAAAAUACAAAAGUGACGUUUUAACAAUAACAGACAAUAUACAUUGAACCGCCGCAUCGUUUUCAGACAGGGACAACGUUUGAUAAAUGAACACUGCGUACGUGUUUAGUUAUAAUACCAAUAAAACAGUGCUGGUAGACAUGCUCGACUCCGCGCAGUUUCGUUCUUAGCGAGGUCCCGGAGCACCGUUAUAAAUUGCCUUGUCUCUGAGAGGUACAGCAUGGGUCCGAGUUUGCAAGAGAGACCCGCUUCAGCGCUGAAGAAGUGCGCAUCCAAAGAGCAGAUCAGAAGCAAAGGACCUGGGACAGGCGGAUCAGCACCCAGCUCCAAGAAGGGGAAGGCCAACCAGAGUCACCGGACCCUGAAAAAGGCAGGUCUGCAGCCCAAGCAUGUGGCACCUCGUCAGGGCAAGGACCCAGCUCAGGCUGAGCGGGGGACCCAGAAGAGAGGGAACAGGGCCAAACCUGUGAGCACCUCAUCCGCAGAGAGCUCCCCACUGCUACCUGGAGGCAGAGCUCGGACACCUGGCGCGAUAGAGCUGAAGCAGGCUGUGUCUACCUCCACGAGGAGCAAUAGAGGGAGAGACAACGGGGAAUGCACUAGAGAGUCACCUGGCUCAGGCAGGAACAGGCCCAAAAUGUCUCUUCCGCUUUCCCUCGUUGCCUCUGAACCAUGCCCUAUGCUGACAGAGAGGCAGUGGGUCCCCAGCAUCGAGACCCUGCGGCUGUACGAGGGAGAGGCAGAGGAGGCAGACAGCGCCAGCGACCUCUCGGACUCCGAGAGGCUCCCAGUGCCUCCCUCCCCCUGUUCGCCUCCUCAGCUCCACCUGCGGGCCGAGGUCUUUGACCCCAACGACCUUGACCCCUAUUUCCCUGGCCCCCGGGGGAACCAGAGUGGCUACGGCUACCCAGACUUCCUGCCCCCUCCCUUCAACACCUGGAGCCUGCGGCAGCUGGCUCUGUUCCUGAACACGGAGGGGCGAUGCGCUUAUCGUCCACAGCCUGUGGGCCAGCUGGAGAAGUACCUGGAGCGCCUCCUGCAGCUGGAGUGGCUGCAGAUCCAAACCGUUGAGGCGGACAACGGAAAAACAACCACCCCCGCCUCUGCCACUGCCAGCGCCCCCGCCAGCCGCCCCAGACCCCACACAGCUCCGGCUUGGUACCUCAGCUCGCCCAAGAGCAUCCGGCAGUGCCAGCGUGCCUUCCCCACUGCCUUCCUGUCCUGUCUGGGGAACGGCUCCGCCCCCCAGCUCUCCCGGGCGGCUUGCCCUCACUGCCGGGUCCGCUACCCCUUCUGUAACGGCUCCUGCCGCUCAUACGCAUACCAGCGCCACUCCCGGCUCAAUCCGGUCCAGCAGCGGAGUGGAGGUUCGGAGGCUCCACAGAAGAGGUGCAGCAGCGAGACGAGGGCUGCUGUUAACGAGGGGAGGGGGGCCCAGACGCAGGGGCAGAAACCAGGGAGCCCCUCCCAGCCGAACAGCCACCUGAGGCGCAUGCAGUCGACCGGCAAUAUCAGGAACCCGACACAGGCGGCAGGCUCCACCGCAAAACCGCAGGCUGCACCGAGGAAUGGCAGUGUUGGGUCCGCAGCUGCCAGGAACGGAAGACAGAGGGGGCCCGCGGUUGGGAAGAGGGGUGAUAUGGAAAGUGGGGUCCCCUUGGAGACUCAUGGGAAUGUGCGUGAGGGGAGUCCCCUGAGGAGAGGCGGCAAUGAGAGGCAGAGGGCCCCAGUAGGGGCGGCGGGCCGGGAUAUCAAACCGGGAGGACCGUCGGUGGGGGGGAAGGAACCUUCCCCUGUCUCAAAGGGCCCCCCCCGUGCCAAGUCCAACGGGAAAGUGAAACACGUCCAGUUCCUUACUAUAUAGCCGCUUACCAAAAGAUCAGGAUUCCUUCUGCACCCAACAACUUGAAGAAAAUGUUGCAAGGAUGUGUUCAUUAGGAACUGUGUUCAUUUUCAGUGCUUUCUCUGAAACUGCUCAAUUCAAACAAAAUUAUUUAAAAUGCUUUUUGUUUUAAUGUGCUGAAGCCACAUGUGGUCAAUCAAUUUGUAUCUUUUAUGUAGAGAGAAAAACACACCAGAUCGUACUUAUUAGGGGAGUACAAAUACAAGUACUGCAUUUAAAUACCAUUUCAAAAAGUUCAAUAACUUUUUAGAUACAGCAACCAUUUAAAUUCUUAUUAUUACAGUCACGAUGAAGUUUUAUUUAAGUAGUUACCGUAGCACGUAAACUAUUUGCUGCCAGUUUCGUUUUCAGGAGUGAAAUACAAUUAGUUCCCCCUUGGUCUGUCACUGAAGGGUUAGUAGGAUCGACUGAAAGUAUUUAGAUAUGAAUACGCAUUUUCUUUUUUGAAGAAUAGUGUGUUUGUGGUUUGCAUAAGAAAAAAAAUAUAUAUAUAUAUAUUUGCAUUGUCCUUUUUAAAUUGUUUUUUUUUUUUGUAAAUAGCAUCUCUACAGAACAUACAGAAUGGACUGUAAUCGUGCAUUAAAAAAGUUUUCAUUAAUUUUUCUGAAAAGUAAUAGGCUUAAAGGUCCCAAUUGUAAUAGACAUUUGUAGUUUUAACAUAAAGCAGAAAUAAGAAGAAUCUAUUUUGUUGUGUCAUGUUGUAUGUUUGUAAACUUGGUAAAGUCAUAUUUCAGGGAUGGAAACGGCACUCGGUGUAUGGCUAGAAUUAUUUUUAACUCAUUGUUCUUAACUGUCGAAGGACUGAAAGAUGAAGAUUGUGAUAGGAAAUAUAUAUUUUUAUGUGUACUGUAAAAUAUUUUGUUGAAGAUGUUAUGAUGAGUUUUCAGGAAGCCUGAUUUUGUCUUUUUAGGAGGUUGAGAUAUACUUUUAUAUUGAUUGUUAAGGGAAAAAAAUAAUCUCAUUUGUGUGUCUUUCAUACCCAAUGUGAGACUUCUGGUUUAUCUUAAUAGGUGGGUUUUUUUUUUUCAUUUUAAAUAUGCAAUCCAAUGUUGCAAACUUACUGCCCAUACCUUAAACAUUAAGCUUAGCUGCGGUCUUGGGAACCAUGUUACAGAAUGUGAUUAAAGUUUACAUGAAGUUUUUGUUACAAUAAGUUGUUCCUUACUCUGAAUGUAUAUUCGGUGGGUUACUGAAAUAACUUAUUAUGGAAAGCACUUUUUUUUUUUUUAGUGUGUAAUAUCUUUUUAUUUAUUGUAGAACUUCACACACAUCUUUUGUUGCACAGAAAUUAUUCUGAAAAUCACACACACACAAAAACACAUUUACUAAUAAUUGGUUUGCAUGGGUUACUUGUAGGGACCAAAACAAUGUCAGAAUCUAUUUGG